AUGAGAAACAACAUGACUGCCAGCAUGUUUGACCUUUCCGUGAAGGACAAGUCUCGGAACCCGCUUGGAAAGCUGAAGGACAAGAUCAAGGGGAGGCGGAAGGACAGCGCCUCAGACACUGCUUCAGCCAUCGUCCCCAGCACGACCCCCACAGUGGACAGCGACGACGAGUCUUCGAAAGACAAGAAAAAGAAGUCGAAGAUCAAGACCUUGUUCUCCAAGUCUAACCUGCAGAAGACGCCACUUUCUCAGUCCAUGUCUGUCCUGCCUACUUCCAAGUCCGACAGAGUGCUGCUUCGUCCUGGAGACUUCCAGUCCCCGUGGGAGGGCGACGACGAUGGGGAUGAGUCCUCCUCUGCCUCGGAGGUCAUGUCACACAAGAGGACAGCAGGUGUGGAUCCUAAGCAACUGACCCAGGUCAACUUCACCCUUCCCAAGAAAGAAGGACUCUCCUUUCUUGGCGGCCUUCGGUCUAAGAAUGACUUCCUCUCCCGCUCCAAUGUCUGUAUCAAUGGGAACCACGUGUAUCUGGAGCAGCCUGAAGCCAAGAGUGAAAGCAAGGACAGCAGCCCUUCCUGCUCCCCGUCCCCCCAGGGCUUAAGGAAGAAGCGUUUGUUCUCAUCCACCGACAACCUGGCCGCAGGGUCCUGGAAGGAGCCCGGGGAAGGAGGUGGGACGUCCUCCGACAGCUGGAUCUCAGAGUCUUCCACCAAGGACUCUCUGAAGUCCAUGUCUCUGCCGUCCUACCAACCUCAGGUCAGUGGGGACAUUAGGGGAAACACAGCUCCUGCAAACUUGGAGGCCGCGAGAGAAACCAAGGAGAGCAGGAGGCAGGAGAACAAGAAGGCCUCUCUGUUCGCUCUGGUGACGGGAAGGAAGGACGUGGCUAAGGACGUGGCUCAGGGCGGUGACAGCGAAAGCCCUCCUGCCGCCUCGCACGCCCAAGUCAAGCCCAGGGAGGGCGGGCCAGGGCCUGUCGAAGGCCUCGUGAGUAGAUCGGAGAAAGAUACUGCAUCUGUUGUCUCCGGACGGGGUAACUCCCUGAACCCCUUUGAGGAAGAUACGCAGGUCACAGAACCAGCAGCCGACUCCGAGUCCAAGUCUGCGCCGAAGCCACCUGUUCCCUCUGCAAGGGCUCCUCAGACCAAGGCUGUCAAACCUCGACUUCAUCCUGUGAAGCCAAUGAGCACAACAGCUACCAAGAUUGCAAACUCCAGCUUGGGAACUGCCACCAUCAUCAGUGAGAACUUGAUCAAUGAAGCCAUGACGAAGAAAUACAGCCCCUCGGACCCGGCCUUUGCCUAUGCGCAGCUGACCCACGAUGAGUUGAUUCAGCUGGUCCUCAGGCAGAAGGAAACGAUAAGCAGGAAGGAGUUUCAGGUUCGGGAGCUGGAAGACUACAUCGACAACCUGCUGGUCAGAGUCAUGGAGGAAACCCCCAACAUCCUCCGCAUUCCGGCUCAGGCUGGCAAGAAAGCAGGAAAGGUGUGAGUCACCUGAAUAAAACACUGGGACAUUUUCGUGAGUUUUUUUCCACCUGCUCUUGAGGUCAGGGACUGCGUAUGCCUGAGGAUAACCAGCCAACAGGCUCCAGAUGACACCUCUCUUGCCUGUUAUCUGGCAAUUCAGUUCUACCAAUUGAAGCCAGGUUAAUUAUUACAAUGAAUCUUUUACUGUACAUUCCCAGGGUUUUAUUUUUAAAUACCACCGUGCCUUUAACUAGGGUGUGAAUACUUUAUUCCACCAGAAACAUGGUCAUAAGAUCUGAUCCUGAGCCGGAAGUACAGGUGGCACAGGAGGUGUUAAUGCAACUUAACACUGGGGUUUUAUUUCUUUGACAUGAGAUUUUUUUCAAAUACGUAUCCUCCAGUUAUUAAAGCACAGGGUGACAUGGGGAAAGAACCAUGCAGCUGGUGCUGUGUCACACACACUUUCUUGGCUUUUGAGUAGCUCAGGUGUGGCCUUUUGGCUAAAUUUUGAUAUCAUGUAGACCUAUUGGGCUACUUGGGUGUUGUUUCUUGAUGGGAGCAGAGGAGUUUAGGGGAUGCCUCUGAGUUUACCUUCUAGGUUUUGAACAAGUUGCCUUUUCGGAACAUCAGCUUCCUCUUCUCUGUAGCCUUAAAAUGUGCUCUGUUUAGAUCCCUAAAGCCCUUCUACUGGAGAUAUGAAAGAUAGAAUACAAGGAUUAAGAGAAUCACUUUUUACUCAAUUAGGGGGAACGUCCCUCCUCUUGUGACAGGAGGGUUCCCGCUGGCUGGACUGGCCUAUUCAGUGCCUUAAGGGAUUGGGUGAUCGAGCACUUGCUAAAACCGAUCUGUCAGGUAUGGAUUCCUUUGGCCAUUUCCCCCUGUGCCUUUGCUUGGCUCCCUGGUGUCCUUGGCAGCACUUCCUGGAGGGGGUCAGGGUCCAGCUCCUCGAGAUGAAGCAGCCCCUUAACUGUGCAGGUCAUGGGGAACCAUAACUUGGACCCUGAAGGGCUUGAGCUGCAUGUGACUGUCCUUUGAAUUCUUCCUGUCCCUACCUGGAAGAAAACCCAUCACUUCUGGGUACUGGAGAGGUUGUAGUGAGGGGCUUUAUAUAGCUAAUAAAAUUUAAAAGCCAGUGGAAAACAGAAAUGCCUCAGACUUUAAACUGUUGCUUUUUUCCACUUUCCUUCAUGAAAAUAGACCCAGGCAUUUUACCUCCUUGUUAGAAAAUUGUGAAAAGUAUCACAAGAUGAUACUUACUUUUGGAUUGCUAUAUUUUAAAAACCAGAUUAAUACACAUUUUUUAAAACUAGGGCACUUGCCCCCUUCUUAAUUAAUAGCAACAGUUCAUAUUCUUCAGGUAAUUUUAUUGUUGGUCACCUGAUACUGGAAUUAGAAUGUUUUUGCGUUCUCAGUUUUUCUCCUGGUUGUGAUAGAAUCUCAUCAAAUCUUGACAUCUCUCAUAGGGGAAGAACGUCACAGGCCACUGGUGUAGGCAGGGCUUGAGACGAUAGCAGUUAUUAAAUCGGGAAUCUCUUGUCUGUAUGUUCUUGUUACAUUGUGGUUAAGAAGCCAGAUUAUUGGCAGCAGAAUCCCUUUUCAGGAUUAUGUUUGCUGCAGCAUUGAUUAUAUUGGAGCACUUUAAUCUGAGAUGAUAUGUAACUUGAUUUAUCUAAUUAGCGUUUAAUUAUCUACAGCUAUUUUAUUUUAUUUUAUUCUCUCCUACAGUACUGGGGAACACUGUGGACUUCUCAGAUGACUUGUAUUUUCGUAGUGCUGUGAAAUUUAUUUACAUACCUAUAAAGAUAACUAUAUUCACUUGAA